CACUAGCCCAGUCAGUCCCUCGACACCUCCAUUCAACCAACCAUGAAAAGCACGGUGCUGUUUCUGAUAGCUGCACUGUUUACACUUGCCUUUGCACAACAGCCAAAAGAUGCUAAAACACAGCGUCUGACCGGCAUAGCAAAGAGCAACAAUGGCCUCAUCAAACUCAAUUCCAACACGUAUAAUCAAUAUACUGAAGGAAAACGGAACUAUGGUCUUGUCGUUCUCUUGACCGCCUUGGAAGAACAAAUGCGAUGCAUGCCUUGCAGAGAGUUCGACCCUGAAUACAAACUGGUAGCAUCAAGUUUCCAAAAGUCAAAGGACCCGACACGCGUGUUUUUUGGUCACUUGGACUUUAAGGAUGGUCAAGCUGUCUAUCAAAAGCUCGGUCUUCAAACUGCACCAAAUGUUCUUUACUUCCCUCCAUCCAAACCUGGCAGUAAGGCUGAGCCAGUAAAAUAUGAUCUUUCCAAAAACGGAUUCGGUGCCGAGAGCUUUGCCGCGUUUUUGUCGAGAGAGAUCGGUGCACCGGUACCUGUAACACGUCCAUUCGAUUACUUUGCUCUGGGUGUAAAAGUGUUCGGUGUCGUAGGUAUAGCAGCUAUCCUGAAACUCUUGUAUCCAUACUUUGGCACAAUCCUUCAUCACCGCAAUACAUGGGCAGCGCUAUCAAUUAUAACGAUCCUCAUUAUGACCAGUGGCCACAUGUGGAAUCAGAUCAGAAAUCCUCCAUAUGUGAUGCCCGGCGCCGGUGGUAAGAUGAACUUUGUUGCUGGAGGGUUCCAGCAACAACUUGGUUUGGAAUCGCGUGUCGUAGCCGCUACUUAUGGCAUUCUUGCUAUGGCAACAGUUGCCUUGGCAGUCUAUGUUCCGAAGAUGAAGGAUAAAACACCACAGCGCAUCAGUGCAUAUAUCUGGACUAUGUGCAUUUUGAUUGUAUUUAGCGCAUUGAUGAACUUGUUCCGUAUCAAAAAUGGCGCCUACCCGUUCCAUAUCUUUUUCUAGAUAAACAUGCUAUUUUUUCUCGACAAGAUGUCCUCAACC